AUGGCUCACAUCAUCGCUGCGCCAAAUGAGUACAUGGUGCCCUUCCCUUCCCAUGUUUCCAUUUCCAAAAUCCAGUUUUGUAAAGUUGCUGGAUCACGGUUGAUGGUAGCAUCCGGAUGGGAUGGCACUGUAAGAAUCUUCAACAUUGGUGGAAUCGGACAGGCUGACGAAAGAAGGUUCUAUUACCACGGCAAGCCUGUACUCUGCUGUACUUUCGCUGAUAAUACUAGAGUAGUUAGUGGAGGACUUGACCAAAUUGUAAAAGUAGUAGAUUUGGAAUCCGGCAAAGAACAAAACAUUGGAAUUCAUAGUCAAGGAAUUCGUUGUAUGGAAUAUGAUUCUUUGGGAGGUUUGAUUGUGUCUGGAUCCUGGGACGGAACUGUUAAGCUAUGGGAUGCUCGUGAUUCUAUUCCAUGUGUACGUCACACACAAACAUUGAGCGAAAAGGUUUACGCUAUGGAUGUUUUAGGAAAUAAGGUUAUCGUCGGAACUAAAGACAGGAAAGUUUAUUUGUUCGACACCAGAAAAAUGGACACCCCUGAACAAGUCAGAGAAAGUCCUUUGAAGUAUCAAACUCGUGCAUUGGCUUUCUUCCCCAGCGGAGACGCGUUCGUUGUUUCUUCCAUCGAAGGAAGGGUUGCUGUAGAGUAUAUUGAUCAAGCUCCAGAAGUUCAGAAGAAGAAAUAUGCUUUCAAAUGUCACAGAGUCAAAGAAGAAGAUGGAACUGAGUUUAUAUAUCCUGUUAAUGCCAUAGCCUUCCACCCUGUUCACGGUACCUUCGCAACCGGUGGUUCUGAUUCCAUGGUUAAUAUUUGGGAUCCUUUCAAUAGAAAGCGUCUUGUACAACUUCACAAAUUCAAUACCAGCAUAACAUCUUUAAGUUUCAACUCAGACGGAUCUCAAUUGGCUAUUGCUUCAUCGUAUGCUUAUGAACAUGAGGCUACUCCAUCACCUUUACCUGAUAACCUUAUUACGAUCCGUCAAAUCAGUGACUGUGAAAGCCGACCGAAAACCAUGUAA